ACGGUAGUGCGCGCGUCCCGGAGUGUCUCGGCUCCCUCAGACGCACAGAGGCUCCUCACAGCAGCAUCAGCACAGCAGCACCGGGUUCAACUCACAGGUGCUUUUAUCCGCUGCUGUUUUUUUUAAGAAAAAAAGGAGUAUCUGUUUUAUUUAGUAGUGAAAUUAAGAGCUCGAUCACCGGGUGAAGCAUUCAACAAACAGCCGAAGGAUUAACGAGAUUUGUACUUGGAGGAUGUGUGGUAUGGACGUGGACCUGGACGAUGGUGGUUCAGGCGAGGAGGAGAAAGAGGAGGAGCUCUGGAUCGGGGAGGGGGUAAAGAUGCUGCCCCCUCCCGUGGCACACAGCGGGGGAAGUGCGUGGGGCAGCCGCAGGGGCAGGUGCGGCUGCGUGACCUGCGGGGCAGCUCUCGUCCUCUGGAACCUGUGUGUCGUCUUGGCCAGCGCUCUGCUCCUGGCUGUUGUCUUUGCUGUGGUGCUGCUGCCUGCGAUGCUGCUGCUGUAUGCUGGUUUCCUCUGCCACUCCAGGGUCCUUGAUGCCCCCUCUGCCAUCUGCCGUUACCUUGAUGACAACAGCUGCUCCGCCCUCAUCAUCCUAGGCUUUGUGAUGAUGUCACCGCUCGUGGUUGUGGCGGCUGCCGUCUUCUGUGGGCUGCUACGAAGGUUUCGGCUCCUGCUUUUCAUUCAGCCGAUCACGCGUGCCUGGUACCGGGGGCGGCUGCUGGACUGGACAGCCAGCGUCCACGCCUGGGUCUGAUCAGGAUGAUACCAGAUGGUCGGAUAUGCCAACAGUCAGGGGGGAUCAGAGAGUUAGAUCAGAGUAACCAGAGAGCUACAGGGGGUAGACAAAAUAAAAGCAACACCUCACAAUGUAAUGAAUACAACAGUGCUACAAUAAAACUUUCUUAUGAUCAGUUUGGUUGAGAGGGUUUUAGACGGAUGUUGAUUCAACUAGAGGUUAUAUUUUAAAUAAAUAGUUUGACAUUUUGGGAAAUACCCACAAUGUAGUUGGUUCAUUCACUUUCUUGCUGAGACUCAGAUGAGAAAAUUGAUAGCACUAUAAUGCCUGUAUGGUAAAAAUGAAGCUGUAACCAGCAGCCGGUUAACUUAGCUUAGCACAAGGACUGGAAGCAGAGGGAAACAGCUAUCCAAAGUUUAGAAAUCUGCCUCACAGCAUCUCCCAAGCUUACUAAAUAACACUUUAUAUCCGUAGACGAUAUAAAACAUGGACAUAGUUUCCGUGAUGUCACUCAGAGGUUUCCGAUGAGCCGCUCAAAGCGCGGGGGCUCUGGCUGUCGGCAGUUCGCAGUCUCAUAAAACAUCAGUGGGUUUUACAGACUAUCUCUUGGCUGGGUGUAGUAACUUCCUGGAGGCUCCGCUGGUUGGUACGAGAAACUGCAGGUAGUCCUUGCUGUAUUGUUUUUACACUUGUUUUUGUACAGAUUAAACAAGAUAUAGCGUAUUAAUUAGUGGUCUUCAGAGGUGUUGGUAGGUGCGUUUUGUGGGCUAGCUAUUUCCCCCUAUUUUCCAGUGUUUAAGCUAAACUAAGCUAAUUACCUCCUGGCUCUAUGCUUAUACUUAAUGGGGAGAUAUGAGUGUUGUGUUGCUCUUCUCAUUGAAGAAAGAAAGCAAAUUUGUGUAUUUUCUCAAAUUUAAUCUAUUCCUUCAAAGUUGUAUUGGGCUGUUGUACUGGAUUGCGUAUUUAAAGUUGUCUUCAUUAUUUUGUCUACCCCCCUACAGGUAAUUUGGGGAUUUAUUGAGAAAGAUUGUGCUUAAGUUCAUUGUAGCAAUUUUCACCUCAGUCUUAUUUGGCUUUAUCUUAGAAACUGAAUCCUUUUCAGUGAUUUGUGGAGUGACGUCUUUGUAAUUUAACCUCACAUUCAAAGAAAACAUAUUCUGCACUUGUUUGAUCUGACGAAACAAAAUGCAUUGUGCAACAGGACAGAAAAAAUACUAUUCACGUUUUUGUAAAAUGAAGGAUGAAUGUAGGAUUUUCCUUUGCAAGAAAGACUCAGAUCAAGUGUAACAUUUCCUUUCACAGGGUAUGUUGAAGGGAGAAGACGUCACAAAGUGGUUUAUUAUGGUAGUAUUCUGUUAGAAUUUGUGUAUAAAACUAAUAUUUUUUGUGAUUUUGUAUUGCCUGUUUGCUAACUAUGUUGACAUGGUAACAUGUGGGACUUUCUCAGACAUAUAUUGCAGUGAAGUUAUUUGUGCUUGCACAUUUAGAAGUCUUGCAAAAAGUCAAAACAUAAUUGCAAACAUUGGAUUUGUUGAUCUGCUUUGAGUUGGUCCAAUAUUUUGGGUUCGGUUCCCUGGGACCUUCACACGCCCUGAAAAACAGGGCGAUUAGUGUAAAAUAUGUGAUAAAAAGCAGCAUACAAGGACUUAAAUAUCGUCUGUGAGGUGAAUUAAAUGGACAAUGAUGUUUGUACUCGAACAAGUUGAUCUGAUGUAGCAUCAUUAGCAGUCAUGUCUUGUGGGAGGAACGGCAAUACAUGAAACAUAUUUCAUUGAAGGGCCAUAAAAAAACACACAAUACAUUAUAAAAACAACAGAAGUUGACAGUACAACAAAGUAAUGGCUGUUUAGUGGGAUCCAGGUGUUAAAGUGGGAUUUAAAUUAUAAGAUCAGGAGCUCAUUCUGCUGCCUCUUUGCUUUCUGGUCAUUUAAAUUCAUCAGUGACACAAACGCUGCACAUCCUUUUUAUCUGCGUGUCAGCGCUCCGUAAUUAAGUGUUCAGAUUUGAGGUUUAAUUUCUCAGAAGAAAAUUCAUGAGGAGCAGUUAUUACUCGUCCUGUAAUUAUACUGAAAUGUAUUAAUUUUCUAUUUAAACAUAUUUAUUAGUGUGUUGUCUGUGUCCUGUUAUUAUUAUCCUCCAUUGUGUGUAAAUUGGUUGUUUACAAUAAUGAAGCCCUGGAAAAGGUAUUUAUUUUUACUUCUGUUGUGUGUUAUAUUCUGGGUUUAUUUUUUUGUUCAGCUUUUCAUGUCAGUGUUAUCAACAAAACAGCAACACAUUGUUAUAUUCAGACCUUCCAUCAAUAAAAAGAGGGCUUUUUUCA